AGUACGUACUUCACAGAUAGUACAUACCUUGCAGUUUACUUUUCCAACAUCAAAUUGUUGGGGUAACUGAUCUGUCUUAGAUCCAUGUUUCUCUGAAGCCACACUUUCUUAAAAAGUGGCCUUAAUGUAAACAGAAAGGCAGGCACGGUCAGCCACAAGAAGGCAGCUUGCACUCUAGCCCUGCAAGGGUGGCAGGUAAACAGUUUGUCUCCUGGCCCUCACUGUCUCUCCAGACUGUAAUUCCGAAAGCCAGGAAAAAUUAUGGGAUGAUUCCUUGGAACAGAGUGUGUAACAUGGCAGGAGUAUGGGUGUUGGUGGUGUUUGGAAGUGCUUUAGCAUUGGAACAUAUAUAGGCUCUUUUACUGUUACUGUAUUUUCGUGUACCUUGUUUCAGGAAUUAAUUGAGUUUUCUGAGUGUAUUGACUUGACUGUAGGAUAACAGUGAUUUAAAGUGAACUGUAAGCUUGAGUUCUCUGAAGUGCCCUUCUUCAAGAGCAUACGAUACUGAAAUAUAUUGCUUGAAGCACAUCUAACCUCUUCUUUGCAGUGGUCCUAUGAACAGCAAUAUAUAGAAUGAAAACAUUUAGUUGACAUUUCCGGGAAACAAACAUAAUGUGUGCCAUAUUUGGUGGACAUUCGUUGGCCUCUCUCAAGGUUUAAUAAGUUGUGACAGUCAAUUCACUGUCUUCCAGUAGUCCUUGCAAGCUGUUCAUUUAAAAAAUAAAACAUUAAAUUCCAAGAAUCAAAGUUUCCAAGCAACCAAACCCUGCAAACAAAACUAUUGUACAUGAUAUUUACAUCUUUGUUGCCUGGGAAUGCUGUUGCUGCUCCACACCUCACUCCAAACACUUGCUAAAAGCACUGAAUGGUUCUUGCAGCUGCAGAUGCCUUGCAGUUUAGGAAAGAUCAAGUCACAAACACAUAGAUCAGAGAGUUACAAUUCUUGAGUGGCUGAGAUAGUGAUGAGUAAUCGAGAGGUGGUCGUUCUGAGUGUGGGAGGUGUGAGAUUUGUAACCCAGGCUUCUACCUUGCAGCAGUUCCCUGAGUCCAGGCUAGCACGGAUGUUGAAUGGUGAUGACCGGGAAUUUAAACUGGUGAAUGGAGAAUUUUUUGUGGACAGAGAUGGAACUUUGUUUAGUUACAUCAUGGACUUUUUGAGGACUCUCCAGGUCUCCUUACCUACUGAUUUCUCAGACCAUCAGAGGCUGCAGAGAGAAGCAGAAUUCUAUGGGCUCUACCCUCUAGCCGACCUCCUGAGCCAGGAACACUUACUGAAGCCAAGGCUGGAGAUCUUGGAAGUGCGUUUUUCUCUCCAAGAGAUGCAGGCCUUUUUCCGGAUCUUUGGUUCCUGCAGUACCACUGUUGAGACACUAGCUGAACAGAUCACUGUGUUUACAGGGCAGCACUCAGGACAGAGCUGGAACAGCCCUUUUCCUUCUCAGAACCUACUCGUUCCACUUCCUUUGGAAAGGCCUUCUCAUCACGACGUGGUUUUUCAGUGUGGUACUGACUACUCUGCUGGUGACCAGUUUGUGGCCAGGUAUGUUUCCAUAAAGCCUGAUAAUAGAAAGCUGAUUAAUGGUUCUAAUGUGCUAGGCCUGCUGCUGGACACUUUACUCAAAGAUGGAUUUCGCCUCAUAAGCACCAGGACAGUCUUCAGUGAAGAAAAAGUCGAAUGCUACAGUUUUGAAAGGAUGAAGAGGCCAGCAGGCCUUACUGUCACGGUGACCCAAACCCCAGGGAGCUCCGGGGUAGCACAGGCAAAGAGAAACCAAGCGCAGAAAGGGAAAUAA